GACGACGCAUGCACUGACGACACACGCACGACGCAAGCCCCUAGGACCCUCGCUUCCGGCCGCGGCGGCCCUAGCGCCGCGCGACCGGAUAGAUCGUCUGGUUUUGAGCGGUAUGCGGUGCUGAGGAGAGACGGACCCCGCAACGGCGCCAUGAACCUCCUGCCGUGUAACCCCCACGGCAACGGGCUGCUGUAUGCCGGCUUCAACCAGGACCAUGGAUGUUUUGCGUGUGGGAUGGAAAAUGGAUUUCGAGUCUAUAAUACCGAUCCACUCAAAGAAAAAGAGAAACAAGAAUUUUUAGAAGGAGGAGUUGGCCAUGUGGAAAUGUUAUUUCGCUGUAACUAUUUAGCUUUAGUUGGUGGUGGAAAAAAGCCGAAAUAUCCUCCCAACAAAGUGAUGAUCUGGGAUGACCUGAAGAAGAAGACAGUCAUCGAGAUAGAGUUCUCUACAGAGGUCAAGGCUGUCAAGUUGCGGAGAGAUAGAAUUGUGGUGGUUUUGGAUUCCAUGAUUAAGGUGUUUACAUUCACACACAAUCCCCAUCAGUUGCACGUCUUUGAAACCUGCUAUAACCCUAAAGGCCUCUGUGUCCUGUGUCCCAACAGUAACAACUCCCUUCUCGCCUUCCCCGGCACUCACACCGGCCACGUACAGCUUGUGGACCUGGCCAGCACAGAGAAGCCACCAGUGGACAUUCCUGCACAUGAGGGUGUCCUGAGCUGUAUUGCUCUCAACCUGCAGGGAACAAGAAUUGCAACCGCAUCUGAAAAAGGGACCCUUAUAAGAAUAUUUGAUACUUCAUCAGGGCAUUUAAUCCAGGAGCUACGAAGAGGAUCUCAAGCAGCUAAUAUCUAUUGCAUCAACUUCAAUCAGGACGCUUCUCUCAUCUGUGUGUCCAGUGAUCAUGGCACUGUGCACAUUUUUGCAGCUGAAGAUCCAAAAAGGAAUAAACAGUCUAGUUUGGCAUCAGCCAGUUUCCUUCCAAAAUACUUCAGCUCCAAGUGGAGCUUCUCCAAGUUUCAGGUUCCAUCAGGCUCUCCGUGCAUCUGUGCCUUUGGGACAGAGCCCAACGCAGUCAUUGCUAUUUGUGCAGAUGGCAGCUACUACAAGUUCCUGUUCAGUCCCAAGGGCGAGUGUGUCCGGGACGUGUGUGCACAGUUCCUGGAGAUGACCGAUGACAAGCUGUGACUCUGCCUGUGAGUGCAGCUGAUGCCACCACCCAACGCCCUGUGGAUUCCUGGGGCUGGUGCCAGUGCCCCAGGCCUGUGGGUGAGGGGCUCAAGGAUUCCCUCGAGGACCUUGGUCUCGAAGCCAUACAUGGUUGUCUGCCUUCCUGAGCAAGGCUUCUCAUUCCCAUAUCAAAAGGAAUCAUCCUCACAGUUCUGCAGAUACUCUGUGGCUCUGGGCAUCUUGUGCCCUUGCUGGCCACUACCCUUUAGUUCAACUGUGAUGUUAGCAUUAGUGGCACCACCAUACCUUCAUGCCAGCAGGCUCCCUGCAGUCCUUGGGGACUGACUGUCCAAGCAUGAGUCAGUGGAAGCUUGUAGGAAUGAGUGUGUCAGGGCUCACAUCCUAGAUAAUUCCAAUAGGGUAAUACUAGCAGCUUAUCCGGUAGAGUACCUCCUACCACACAUGAGGAGCACUGUUCAGAGCAAACACUAUGGAGUGUUCUGACAUUGUUGGGUCAUUAGAGUGAGUCACAUCCCAGACCUGCCAGAGAGCAGAAUGCUUGUGGCACCCACUUGAGGCACAGUCCUCAGGCUGCAAGGGAGGCAGGGUCUCCUGGUUUAGUUUGGGUUAAAACAGAACUUCCCAUUACGUUUAGGGAACAAAGUAACACAUAGACUUUUAAAAUUACUCCCAGAAGAAAGCAUUACUUAACUUAGGGGCCUUCUCAGUGCAGUGUCCAUGUGCCUGUAGCUACCAGUUGUGUGGAGGGAAUUGCCUUGGCCUGUGGUGUCUGCCCUGUCUCAUCUCCCAACAUCCACAGGACACACACUAAUAGUGGGGAUGGCAGGCACAUCCUGGUACUGACACAGGCAGCAGGGUCCAUGUUUCUGUGCCACUUGAGGUAUAUGUUUAAUUUUUUUACAUAUCUUCUAAGAAGCUCAGUUUUGCGGUUUUGAUUUCAGGUUGCAAACAUUUAAAUUGUGCUCAGCAGCAGGUUCUCAGUUCUGCCAGUUCCUUCACACUCCUGUAAUCGGCUAACUGUGGAUUUGAUGUCAAGUAUGCAUGUUACCUUAUGUGUAUUUAAUCAUGAAACUUAAUUUUGCACACUUGUUUGUACUGUUUCUUUGAAAUAAAAGUGACUAAUUUUGUUGUACUCUA